AUGCUGUGUGCCCGCUUCUCGCUUGGUUUUGGACGUGUGGAUGUUGCUGGGCAGGAUGGAUGCGUUAUGCCUCUCCAGGAAUUCCAGGUUGUUGGGCGCCAUCUGCCCACGGAGUCCGAGCCUACUCCUAAGAUCUACCGUAUGCGCAUCUUUGCGCCCAACGAAGUCGUCGCCAAGUCCCGUUUCUGGUACUUCCUGAGGCAAUUGAAGAAAGUCAAGAAAGCCAGUGGCGAGAUCAUUGGCGUCAACGUUAUUCACGAAAAGAAGCCCUUGAAGGUCAAGAACUUUGGCAUCUGGCUUCGCUAUGAUUCUCGCUCUGGUACACACAACAUGUACAAGGAGUUCCGUGAGCUCUCUCGCGCUGAUGCGGUCAAGAGCCUCUACCAAGACAUGGCCGCGAGGCACCGUGCCCGCUUCCGGUCUAUUCACAUUCUCCGUGUUGUGGAGGUUGAGAAGACCGAGGAUGUCCGCCGACCUUAUAUCAAGCAGCUCCUCACACCCAAGCUCAAGUUCCCCCUUCCUCACCGUGUGUCGAAGGUUCGCUCUACGUUUGUUGCGCACAGGCCCAGCACGUUCUAG